CAAUAAUCUUCAUAUCUUUGGUGCCCCACUGACUCGGUUAUCCCCCCAAUCUCUCAAUAUCAAAAUGACACCUGAAACAAAAACAGAAUUCUCGCCACUUCGCGCUACGACUACCUACAUCACUGGCCACAACGAACUCGGCAAAGCGAUUGUGAAGGAGCAGAAGCCUGCGGAAUGGAACCCUGUACUUGAGGACUCCAUGGCCUUUAACGUGGUUUAUACCACCUCCGAGCAUCCUGUGAACAUGGACAAUGAUCAAGACCUGACACAACACAAGCGACUGGUUGACAAUGGCACCUUGGGUCUAGUGAAUCCCAAUGGGUCCGUCUGCCGGGUUGUUGAUUUUGCCCCGGGUGAAUCAAUCGACCCCUUUAUACAUCGUACCCAGAGCUUGGAUUAUGGCAUUGUGAUCGAAGGCCAACUCGAUCUCUACUUGGAGGAGGGUCAAGUUGUGAGAAUGGGCAAGGGAGACAUUGCUGUCCAGCGAGCCACACUCCACGGCUGGAAAAACCCAAGCGGCACUGACUGGGCUAGAAUUGCUUUUGUUCUGUUGGAUUCGAAGCCACUGGAGCUCAAUGGUACGGUUUUGGGUGAAGAGCUGAACAACACUAGCGAAAUUCCUGCCAGCCGCUGAAUCAUCCACAAAAUCACGGCCCCGCGGCCGCGGACAUAUUUCAAACUCGUUGCAUGACCAGAACUUAGUGCAACCUCGCAAAGAGAAGGCAGGAGGUGAAGGGUCAAGGUCUCGUGGCACUGUAUAUAUUCAUGCUUGUUGUACUCCGCUAUGCAAGAAACCCUAUGUCCACCGUGGAUCACGC